UCAUUUUUGUCCUCAAUUUACUCGACAUAUUCAUACGAGACAAGACCACUGUAAUUGUGGACCGGCAAGAUUUCAAACGUUCAACUUCCCCGAUUUAUUGGGGGGAUACGUGGGUACGUAACGUGAACACCGCUCGAUUUUAGUGAUUUUAAGUGAUUUUUACCACCCUUAGUGACAAAUAUGGAGUUACCUUACAAAUUCAACACAAAAAUAUUACUACUGGCUCUGAUGGGAGUCAUAAUGGUAUUAUCUUCAUAUUUCAUGUUUAUCUACGAACCUAUCAGUCUACUGGUGAAUAAGCUAUUGUCCUUGGAAUCAGGAACUCUGUUUUUCUUCCUUUGGAAAGAUCCGCCAUACAAAAUAUACAUAAAUGUGAACAUAUUCAAUGUAACGAAUCAAGAAAAAUUCACAAGGGGUGAGGAGAAGUUAGCUCUUCAGGAAGUGGGGCCCUACUGCUUCCAGGAAAUCCUUCUCAAUACCAAUGCAACAUUCCAUCCAAAUGGCACAGUCACCUAUAUACCAGUGAGAACCCUUAAAUUCAUACCUGAGAGGUCCGCUGGAGACAUUAAUAUUGACAGAAUUAUAUCACCUAAUAUACCUCUAGUGGGAAUUUCUGCUAUGUUGAGAGAAUCCUCCAUGUUCACCAAUUUAGCAUUGACGAUGGUCAGUAACACAGCAAACUCCAAAUCCUUCGUGAAUAUAACUGUCCAUGACUACCUCUUUGGAUACGAUGAUCUCCUAGUGAAAUUAGCACAUACAGCUCUACCUACCUGGAUCAACUUCGAAAGAUUCGGUAUUUUGGAUAGGAUUAUGGCAUUAGAAAAUGGCUCGAAUAUUGUCACUAUAACGAACAACUAUAAGAAGGCAACACCUGCAAACCCCCUGUAUGACAUAGAAGAUACCAAACGACAAUUCUACAUUCAGGAGUUCAAUGGUUCGCCAGGUCUUCAACAAUGGGGUUACGAAGAUACUGAAGGAAAUGAGACAAGCACCUCCAAUUCGAAAUGCAAUUUCAUCGGCGGCUCUUAUGAUGGUACCCUCUUCCCUAGAGACUUAACAAUGGACCAUGGUAUGCUCUUGUAUAGGAGAGGUUUUUGCAGAGCACUCCCAGCUUUUCCUGUCAGAGAAGUCACCAUGGAUGGUUAUGAAGCUAUUGAAUUUGGUGUGCAAAAGAACUUCUUGUAUGAACCUUCUGUCAAUCCAGAUAACGCCUGUUACUGCAAAGAUGAAGGAGAUUGCUUACCAAGAGGACUAGUUAGCAUCGCACCAUGCUACUAUGACAUUCCUAUGACUCUAUCCCAACCUCAUUUUUACAACGCUGAUCCUAGCCUGGUUGAGCAGGUUACAGGUCUAGCUCCCAGUAAAUCUCUACACGACUUGAACUUCACCCUUCAUAAACGUCUGGGACUGCCAAUCAAAGCCAACCUGAGAAUACAGGUCAACUUGGAUGUUGGUCAGACAAAGUACAAUGCCAAAACGACCAUAUUCAACAACCUCCAUGUACCCUUAUGUUGGUUAGAGCUUCAAGUUGAUGAGGUCCCUUCCAUCGUUAAAAUUUUGAUUACAUUAGCCUAUGGGAUACUUCCAGUCACUGAAGUUAUGUGCAAAUACCUUCUGGGCGUUUUUGGAGCUGCUAUGAUCUCUUGUUCAGCUCUACUAAUGCUUAAUUCCACGGAAAUAGCCGAAACAAAUAUAGAGGCUCUACCAUUCAGUAGGUUUAGUUUGAGAAGGAGCAGUGAAUAUAAACCGAUCCCAGUGAGUUCACCUCCUCAAUAUUUAAGACAGAAUAUGAGGAGAAUAUCUAAGUGAACUUUAUUUUGAAAGUAGAUUUUAGCAUCUGUGAUGCUGUAUAGACUGAUUUUUAAUUAAUUUAUUGCCAAUUCAAUUGUACAUAGUUCGAAAAGUGAUAUUUUUGGUGAUACUUAGAUUAGUGUGGUUUUGUAAGUGAAGUUAAUUAAAAUAGUUUCAUAUUUAA